GGCAGUGAUCUACGCUCCAACUGCCCCCGCGUCGGCGCUAAACUUUGUCGGGUUGUACGGGGAAUUGUGAGGUCAUGGUUCGGAGCGCUGUGGCUGGAGGUGUAUAUAAAGGCUCGCUCUCUUGGGUCUGAACUCAUUACGACUUAAGCAUCUUAUUUCUUUAACAUGACGCAUCAUCACCACCACCACCAUCACGACAAGCAUUCCGGGGCACAUGCCGAGGUUGUGAAUGCCCCACACAAGUCUAAGCUGACGCAUCAGCUGGUUGCGGCUGCUGCUUCUUACGAGGCAAUGAAGAUGUACGAGAAGCACGUCGCGAAGCAGGGGCACCCGGACGACCACGCUAAGGCGAAGGAGCUCAUCGCUGCAUUCAGUGGAGCUUUCGUCGACCGGAUCGUCGAGACCAAGGGCCUCGAUUUCAUCGACAAGCGCAAGGCUAAGCACGAUGCUACGGCCCAUGCCGACAACCAUCUGCCGGCUGCAUAUCCGCAGCAAUACAGCUACUGAGCGUAGAACGAUCAGUGAACGCGAUGGACGUUUCGAAGUUAUGUAUAUGGCACCUUAUGAACGUAUAAUGUUCUAGUUACGGAUUCUAAUUU